AUGGAUUGUGAAAACCCUACUCAACUACUUUCAAACCAGCAGUCAGCUCAAGCGGCUCUUGUCGGUGUAGUGGGGCGAUUUCUAUCCGUGCAAGAAACUGCUCAAAUCAUUAAACAGUUCGAAUCAGAAAAUUGGCUUCCGAAUGGCCAAGUCCUCUGGAGUGGCAUUCCUCGGGAAAAGGCCCAAGAAUGGGCUGAUAGGCAUCGACUUCAAACAUUGACCACAGCAAUGGGGCCACUCAUGGAUGAAAAACACCCAGAAUGCUUAAAACUGAAAAAGAAUCACCGGCAAUGGAGUAGAUAUGUUCAUGGUGCUUCCGCUAUAUUUGCUUGGCGUAUAGCUCAGGGUGAAAGGGUUACACUGCUUUCGCCUCCACCGCCAGAGCGAUUUCAUCCGUCAGGUCUUUCUUAUUACCAACUCAUCGAAGAGCCCAUAGUUCGGGGCUUAAUCAAUCAUAAAUCUGUUCGAAAAAUCAUUAUAACACAUCCUAUGACGGAGAAAAGCGAAGACGAAGAGUUUUAUUAUGAGCUAUGGCCAAAUGACAGAAGGGAGGAAUGGGUGAAACGAUUCGGAUCGAGACCCUGCAAGGGGAAAUGGAGACAAGUAGGACACAGCAACGAUAUAACGGAACUGAGAAGCUUAAUGACUUCCAGUGAAUCGCACGUCUGUUCGUCUGAGCAGUUCAAGCACCUUGAAAACAGAAAGGUUGGGUUUAGUAAACCCGCGUCUAAUAUUUUAGUGCUGUUUUUAUUUUCGCUUCUUCAGAAUAAUUUACCGAUACUCAUUUUGUUCUGUUUAUUAUAUUCGCUUUUCGACAAAAUAGCGGGAGGGGAUACUGCAAUGAAUGAAGAAAAAAGAAUAUUUGAAAUAGCUGAGUCUACUUCAACUGUGACCUCAUCUGAAAAUAUCAACACUGAACAGGAGACAGCGAAGAGGGUCAGAGAUGAACGAAAAGCAAAAAGAAAAGCACUCGAUAAGGCCCACCAGGAGGCCUUAAAAAAACUCAAGGAUGAGGUGAAAGCAAAAAGAAAAGCCCGUAACAAGGCACAGAAGAAGGCAGCAAAGGAGCUCAAGAAUGAAGAGAAGGCGAAAGGAAGAGCCAUCGAGAAAGCACAGCAGGAGGCCGCAAAAAGGAUUAAGGAUGAAGAGAAAGCAAAGAAAAAAGCCCGCAACAAGGCACAGAAGAAGGCUGCAAGGAAACUGAAGGAUGAAGCGAAAGCAAAAAGAAAAGCCCGCAACAAGGCACAGAAGAAGGCAGCAAAGGAGCUCAAGAAUGAAGAGAAGGCGAAAGGAAGAGCCCUCGAGAAAGCACAGCAGGGCGCGGCAAAGAGGCUCAAGGAUAAAAUGAAUUCUUAA